AUGCGCGUGCCUGGGACUACGCAAGCUGCCCUGUGCAGCCUGGCCUUCAUUGUUGAAGUCGCGGCCAAGGAAGAUCCAGACUAUAAGCCAUCCCUCGAAUUUCGACCCAACAAUGUGACCCUCAGCAUCCUAGACUACUGGGUGGGAUCAUACUAUAACGGUACCACAAACGUGGAAUUGUCGUUUUACACCGGGCUGGCUACGAAUUGGAGUUUCCACUGCCCCAAUCUCGUCAACACAACGGUUACCAAACAGUAUGAUUCUACUGUGCUGGCCCUAACAGAGCCCAACACCUACAAUGUUGGCUAUGACCCAGUGAAUGCUUUCUUCACCAUGUGGUCCAACAACUUCAAUUUCUCCACAUUACCUGGUCCAAGCUGGGAUGGAUUACAAGAAGACGCAUCGUUGAAGUUCGCUGUGUUUUUGUCGGAUCCUGACUACCAGGAAGACGGCAAGGCGAUUAACAACUUCAACUGGACACUCAAUGCAACCCAAGGCCCACCGUACAGCUUAUCAAGUACCCUUACCGAGUAUGACCCGCAAGGGGGCUGGGCCUCUAACUUGGCCAGUUGCAACGGAAGUGACCCCCUGGAUUGGAACUUUCAUCCGGCUCCCUGGACUGUCAAUGGAAAUGGACUUUACCUGCCUGAUCCGGUGGUUGAUCUUCAAUUUGAUGGGAAAAUUGCUAACAUCUCCUUGAUUUUGGAAGUACGAUCAACAUAUUGA